CAUAACCUAAAAAACAAAAGAUAUUGAAUGUUUAUUUACUUCUGUUAAUAUAGUUAAAAAACUGAUAUAAUUCAUUUAAACUUAUAAAAAUGUCCAUUGAUGCUUACUUUUGUUUUUGCUGUUUAUCAACCAAUGAUUUAAUUAAUUUAUACAGUGACAAACCCGAUACAAACUAUGCCGAAAUGCUCAAAGAUCUUUAUUCUAUUCAGCCUUUACAAGAAGAUUACGAAGAAGACAGUUUUGUGUGUGAAGAGUGCGCUCGGGCGCUGCAGGGGGCACGGAAGUUUAAACUCCAAGUUCUUGAAACACUUAAUGCUCUGCAGGUUAAUGGAUUAAUUGAAUUGGAAAAGUCAGAGAAAUGUACACUUGUGAAGAAGGUCUCAAUUGAAAUUGUUUUAGAAGCAGAUUUUAAAUAUAAUAUUGAUGAGAAAAAACUAAUUGAGGAAGAUAAACAAGACAUUAAACAUCCAGACCCUCCAGAAAAGGACGAAACACAAUCAACCAUAGUGCUAGAAGGUGAAAAGCGCAUCACAGUAGCCCGGAAACGGAAGAAAGAGCCAACUGUCAAGAAUGAGGUCCAAUAUGAGGUUGCGGAGGAUUUCAAAUGUGUGGAGUGUGGGAUGGUGCUGCCGAACGCUUAUGUGUACCAUGCUCAUAUGAAUAAGCAUUUUCCGAAUCAUAUUUGUGAGACUUGUGGAAAAGGUUUCCUGACAAAGAAGAGACUGAAGCGCCACAUGCCAUCCCACAUCAAAGGUCCCUUCAAAUGCGAGCAAUGUGAUGUGGAGUUCAACAACUACAACUCUUUGAAUUCACACAGACAGCGCAAGCACAAAUCCGUUGACCUGUACGCGUGUCCGCACUGCCCGUCCCGCUUCCCGACACUGACGCGGCGCGCGCGCCACCUGGCGGCGAGACACGGCGCUAGAGCACCGCACAGCUGCUCCGUUUGCUCUAAGGACUUCUUGCUCGCAGGAAACCUGUCCACGCACAUGCGCAACAAGCACUUCAAGGAGAAGCGUCACUUCUGCGUAGAAUGCGGCGCGGGAUUCUUCCAAAAACAGGAGUUAAGAGGACACAUGGCGACACACACUGGUGCCAACGAGUUCCAAUGCGACCUGUGCGAUAAAAGCUAUCCCCGCAAGAAGGCGUUAGACGUCCACAUGAGAGGGCAUCGGGACGAGCGCCGCUUCGCCUGCGAGCUGUGCGGCAAGAGGUUCCUGCAGAAAUGCACCUUAAUCACACACGCUAAGACUCACAAUCGGACGGAGCCGCAGAAGAAAAUAGACGUCUCAUAAUUAAAGGUUCUAAAAUGAACUUUAAUUUCAUCAUUCAUGUACCAAUGACACAAUCGCGCUGACAGACAUAAUUUGACACCCUUAACUGGGGUUAAUAGGGACGAAACAUAUAUCUAUAAUAACUAGCUUUUGCCAGCGGCUUCGCUCGUGUUAGAAAGAGACAAAAAGUAGCCUAUGUCACUUUCUAACCCUUCAACUAUCUCCACUUAAAAAAUUACGUACCUCUUUAUUGCAUACCUCACAUAGUUGAGUACGAGUUGAGUUGAGUCGAGUGCAGACUUCUGGCCGAAGGGUGUAGUCUUUCGACGGU